AUGGCCCAUGUUGUAACUUGGCUGUUAGCCUUUAUUUCUGCAAAUUCUUUGGGCGCCAACGGUGUCAAGCUGAAUGUGUCAGAAUAUUACCCUCGCAAACCAAUACCCCUGGAAGCUCGAGAGGGCGUGGUAGGCAGCCAGUGCUACGAUGAAAUGAAGCCUGGGCUGCCCGUUUUGGCGUACUUGCGCAGGGCAGGGGGCAUGCCAUACAAGGCUUUGUGGGAGCGGACUUUCCUCAAGGAAUUAUUGCGGGAUGUCGGCGACGUGCUGAUCUGUGAUAUUCACGGUAAUGCUGGUGAGGUGCAGGAGUUGUUCCGCCGGAGUGGAGAUAGCCCCGUUGGUUUUAUAGUGGCCGGGUAUCCACAGCAGAUGGCAUUGGUAGACCUCGAGGAGCCCGUCCAGAAGAGCGCGAAGAAGCCAGUUGUACUGUUCCACUUCUCCGACGAGAGUGGCAAGUACAAGCCGACUUACAUCUACCCGAGGAUCAUGCCCCACGAUGGGCUGGUGUUGCGGCAGUACCAGUUCUGGUCGGAGUUGCCGGCUGCGCCCCAGACCCGCAUCAUGCCGCUCGGCUACAACAUGCAUCUCGAUUUCCAGGGCGAUUCGUGCGCCGCGGCGAAGAAGAACGCGCUGGGUGGUCCGAGCUCGAGGAGCUAUAACUGGGCCUUCGUCGGCGGGAUGCACGCCACUCCUUGGGGCGACCGAGCCUCGAUGGUCAGCGACCUGCUGGGCCGCCGCUUCGCAGCGGCAGACCAGCUCGACUCCAAGGAGGCGUUCGUCGGACAGAGGAAGGGCACCGCGAUGUUCGAGGUGUACAGGCAGUCCGUGUUCGCUCCCAAUUUGCCUGGCGCCAAGAACAACGAAUGCUUCAGGGUGUACGAGUCCGCGAUCGCGGGUGCAAUCCCUGUCAUCGUGGGCGAAGAGGACGAAAUCCAGAGGGCCUACAACUACCACGCGGACCCCAGUUGGAGCGACAAGAGGCCUCCGUUCGUCUUCGCGCCGACGUGGGCAGACGCCAGGACUCAGAUGAGCAGGCUCUUGGAGAACCCCGGCGAGCUGGAGGCGCUCCACGCACAGUUGCCAGCCUGGUACUGCUCGUGGAUGCACGGCCUCCAGCAGGAGCUGGCGCAGAAGCUCUCGAGGUGA